CUCUGUUCAGGAACUGUCAUGGAUCGGACGGAAGGUCUCCCUCGAGAACUAUGGUUCCAUAUCAAGGAUCUCCUGCAUCCAGCUGAUGUGGAAAACGUGCUGAAUACUGGCCCGAAAAUCUGGAACUAUGUCUUCAAAGAUGAGAGCUGGCUUAAAUUAGCAUUGACAUUUGAUCGAUGCUCCCCAGUCCUUCUUGGUUAUAACCUGAGCCGACUCCGUUUGAGGGGUAAACCACAGAAGCUAUAUGUCGCUCUUCUUGCCCGUGAUUAUUCUGGGGACCUUCGUUGGAAGAAAAUCAAUGUGUACGAGGUUCUCACCGGUGACGAUGAGGCCCGGCUGCUGCUGGAGAAGAUAUUCAUCAAUAAAAAAGGCGGAGUGUACUCAGAAUAUUGCUUCUAUAUGGACAAAGGAUUGAGAGAACUUGACCCGUUACAAAUUCUCGGACACGGCAGUGGUCCGGCUUGUAAAGGCCGAGAUAUAAAGAACGGUUGCAAGCUCCUCCUUCUGGACAGAGAUGAAUCGUGA